AUGGCCGUGACACCGGAGAUCGACCAGGAGGCGGCGGAAAGGGAGGCAGCAGCGAAAGAGGCAGCGGCCAAGACCCGUGCGGAGGUGGAAGCGGCCAAGGAGCUGUGGCAAAAGAUACGCAGUCAGGCCAACGCUGAGGACUCGGCCCGCGAGCAGUUCGCUCAAUCCUUGCCCCCGGGGGUCGCCAAGUUCGCGGCGUUGCUGGUGAACCGCUUCGGGUCUUUGGAGCGGGCCUUCAACAACUUCGACUACAACCGGAAGGGCAAGGUCACCAGAGGCCAGUUCCAAACCACCUUGGCCACCAUCCGCCUGAACACGGAUGAAGUGGUAGGCCUGCCUUCCAAGAAGGUCUUCAGGUUGAUCGCCGCCGGGGCGCAGUCUGCGCUCGAGAUCACUCUGGAGCAGUGGCAAAACUUCUUUGAUCAGGAGCUCACCGGCGAAGACGCGUCCUUUUUGCUGACGGAGGACAGGGGGUCGCAGGCCCCGAAGCGCUGGGCCCAGAUGAAGCAGCUGCCCAGCAAGGCUCUUCAGCUGCUGGUGGAGCAGGGUGAGCUAGCGGACAAGGAGGAGCUGGCGAAGGAGGCUCUGUCAAAGCACGGCCAGCGCAAG